AGAUAAGUUCCAUAAUUUAAAAAGUUUAAAAUCCGAUUAUAUCUAUCUAAGUAACAUAAUAUCCCAGCCAAAAAAGAAAAAGAUGACGUAGCAUAUGUUAGUAUGACGUGUAAAUUUGCAAUCAAGGAUGAGCAACGGUACCGGGAGAUUCGAAGCAGUCGAGGUUUCCGGAGAUUAUAGUGAUUAUUUUCAAGCUUUGGUGUUGCUUCAAUGGCGGAUUUCUCUCUCCCCAUUGACUCUUACUUUCUGGGAUUUGAUAGCUCCACUCAGUCCUUGAAGGCAACCGUCCUAGACUCCAAUCUUAACAUAGUGGCUUCACAGCUGGUACAUUUUGAUUCUGAUUUGACCCAUUACAAAACUAAAGAUGGAGUUUAUAGAGACUCAUCCAAUAAUGGCAGAAUCGUUUCACCUACUUUGAUGUGGGUGGAAGCUCUUGAUAUCAUACUUAAUAAACUUUCCAAAUCUAAUUUGGAUCUUAAGAAAAUUGUUGCCGUCUCUGGUAGUGGGCAGCAACAUGGUAGUGUCUAUUGGAAGAGUGGAAGUUCUUCAAUUUUGUCAUCAUUGGAUUCAAAGAAGCCAUUGGUGGAACAGCUUGGUGAUGCCUUGUCUAUUAAGGAAUCACCCAUAUGGAUGGACAGCAGUACCACAGUACAAUGUAGAGAUAUAGAGAAAGCUGUUGGAGGAGCUUUGGAGCUAUCUCAACUUACCGGGUCACGGGCAUAUGAAAGAUUUACUGGCCCCCAGAUUAGAAAGAUAUUUGAGACUCAGCCAGAAAUCUAUCACAACACUGAAAGGAUCUCUCUUGUUAGCUCUUUCAUGGCGUCUCUUCUCAUUGGAGAAUAUGCUUGUAUUGAUGAAACUGAUGGUGCAGGGAUGAACCUGAUGGAUUUAAAACAAAGGAUCUGGUCUACCAGAGCUUUGGAGGCCACUGCUCCGGGUUUAGAGCAAAAACUUGGAAAGCUGGCCCCUGCCCAUGCAACAGCUGGUAACAUUGCUCCCUACUUUGUAGAGAGGUUCUCCUUCAACAAGAAUUGCCUGGUCAUUCAGUGGUCAGGAGACAACCCUAACAGCCUCGCAGGUCUGACGAUAAAUACCCCAGGAGAUCUGGCAAUCAGUCUUGGCACAAGUGACACUGUCUUUGGGAUUACGGAUGAUCCUCGACCUAGAUUAGAAGGACAUGUUUUCCCUAAUCCUGUUGACACAAAAGGAUACAUGGUAAUGUUGGUCUACAAGAAUGGAUCUUUAACUCGUGAAGAUGUGCGAAACCGCUGUGCGGAAAAAUCUUGGGAUAGUUUCAAUUCAUUCCUGGAGCAGACACCACCACUAAGUGGUGGAAAGAUUGGUUUCUACUAUAAGGAGCAUGAAAUUCUUCCACCCCUUCCAGUUGGCUUUCAUCGAUACAUUCUUGAAAACAUCACUGGUGACUCUCUGGAAGGCUUGGUUGAACGCGAAGUUCAGGAAUUUGAUCCUUCUUCCGAGGUGAGGGCAUUGAUUGAGGGUCAGUUCCUGUCAAUGCGUGCUCAUGCAGAAAGAUUUGGUAUGCCUUCUCCGAAACGAAUAAUAGCAACUGGUGGUGCAUCUGCAAAUCAAAGCAUCCUCAACUCAAUUGCUUCCAUUUUUGGUUGUGAUGUCCACACGGUUCAAAGACCAGAUUCAGCUUCCUUGGGAGCUGCAUUAAGAGCCGCUCAUGGUUGGUUAUGCAACAAUAAAGGUACUUUUGUGCCCAUCUCACUCAUGUACAAAGACAAGUUGGAAAAUUCAUCUCUUAGCUGCAAACUUACUGCUACUGCUGGAGACCAACAACUCGUUUCCAAGUAUGCCUUGUUCAUGAAGAAGAGAAUCGAAAUAGAGAACCGCUUAGUUGAAAAGCUAGGCCGUACCUAAGAUUGAAGAGAGGGUGCAGAAUUCUUUUAUCCAAAUAAAAAUAAUCUACCAUUGUCUGCAUAUCUUUAUCAAUUUGGUUUCUCAAACAAAUAACUAAAUUAUCAUCUUUGUUGUGAUAAACGAAGAUAGAAUUUUUAGGUCCUGAAUUAAAAUUAUGGACAAUUUCUGUGAAUAUUUCCUAUUCUGCUAGAUGUCUUUCUUGGAUAAA